ACGGGGGCAUAAUUUUAUUACUAUAUGUGAAUUAUGAGUAUGUGGUUAUAGGCUCCUAUUGUUGCUGGUGUGUAUUGGCCGCUUAACAAGAUGAUUAAUAGGGCAGUGUUUUUUAGUAUGGUAACAGUUUUACUUUUGAUAGCUUUGAGUUAGACAAGCUGGGUGUUAAAAUUAUUAAUAAAAUGUCAGCUUUCUGUGCUGCUGCGAUUUUUAUGUUUUCCACCCAACAACAAACUAAUUUGUUAUCAAUUUUAUAUGAACAUGAUUGAAACCUUUAAAUCCAAUUGUUCAGACAUGACCGAUGUAAACGAACAGCUAACAAUCACCACCGGCCCUCUCACCAGCUACCCUACUACAGUAAUAAUCCUACUAGCUGUCUACAACAUUGUGGGAGUGUUAUUCGCAUUCCUGGGUAACGGCCUCGUUCUAGUCAGUUCCAUCAAGUACCGAGCCAUAGACAUGGACAAAACCUCAAUAAUACUCCUCCAGAACCUAGUGGUAGCUGAUUUCCUGAUAGCCCUCCUGAGCUGGUUACCCACUACCAUCUCCACCGUGGUGGGAGGUUGGGUGCUGGGGGAGGCGGUGUGUUUCCUUGCAGGGCUGGUGGUGUACGUUCCCGCUCUAGUGGAGCUGCUCAUCCUAACUGUUAUAUCCUGCCACAAAGUCUACACUCUGGUCUACCCACUCCACCACAGACAGAGACCAGUCCCCAGGUCCACUGUGGUGGCUCUGGUGGCUGUUAUCUGGUUUAUAGCCGUCUGUUUUGUGUUGGUGUGUAUCCUGUUGUUAGGCCAGUAUGCUGUGUACCAUCCGGAUACCUUCUCCUGUAAGUGUAGUCACAAGGAAAGUGAUCAUAGGGAAGCUAACGCUAUCACUAUGGCGUUUUUGGUGGUAGCCCUGCCUGCCCUGGUCACUAUCAUCAUUGCGAACCUGGCGUUAUUGUCAAUAGUCUCGCGUCAUAACAGUAAGAAGUAUCGAGAAGUAUCAAGAUCACGAGGGGCUGUGGACAGAGAAGAGGUAACUGUUCCUCCGAAUAAUGAUUUUAUUGCUUCAUUAAGCUCGCCUCUAAGUUCUAAACGUUCUACAGAAGUUUCUUCAAAGUCACAAACCAAUUCAAGAGAUAAUUCUGGGAAUGAUGAACAAAUUUUCUCGCGAGAAAACUCUGGGAAGUCUAAAAUUUCAGUGCAGAGUCCCGUCGCAGAAAAGUGUACGCCCAGUUCAAUAUCAAGGGAAAACUCUCGUAAAAGGAUGAUGAGACAAAACUCAGGAAAUACCUUUGCUUCAAGGCAACAAAACCAGUCAGAAAUUAUGGACAGCCCGACAGAAUUAAAAUCUAGAGGAGGAUCUAUAGCAGCUUUAACACCAAAGGGUAGAAUGAAAUUCAGAUCUCCAAAGGCUAUAAAGGUCACCAUAUCCCGCGAGAACCUCCUGGCUUCCCAAGAGUUAUCCCACCAGAAGUCAAGAGAUCACUUAAUAGUGCAAGAUGACGAGAAGGCAGGGCCAUCCAGAGUUGACUCCACUAACAGACUUUCCCCCCACCUCAACGUAUUCUUUCCCAACCCUGGAAGUUCUCUAGGACCAGCAACGAGGGACCUAUCCCGCUCCAGAGAAGUCAUCAACAAAAUCACCAAAUCUUUAUCCGCCACCAACUUCAACGUGACAAGGAAGGCAGUAUUGAUGGUAUCUGGGGUAUCCUGGCUCUUCAUCCUCUCCAUCAUGCCACUCAUUGUGCAGAACCUCAUAUCCACUUUCUACCAAACCCAACUACCCCGCUGGUUUUCCUUGUUCCAGUCAGAGAUCUACUACCUGAAUGUAGCCUGUAACCCUGUUAUCUACACCCUACAUAGUACCAGGUUCAGAUCCUUUAUUAGACGUGCUAUACGGUUCAGUGUGAGGAGUCUGAGGGUGAGUGAGAGCGGUGGAACAGUUGGGAGUACUGAGCAAACUGGGACAGACUUAUAAUCAGGUGGGAGCACUGAGCAAACUGGGGCAGACUUAUAAUCAGGUGGGAGCACUGAGCAAACUGGGAGAUAGUUGUGAUCAGUUGGGAGCACUGAGCAAACUGGAACUAACUUGUAACCUUGUGAGAGCACUGAGCAAACUGGGACCAUGCUGAAAAAUCAGGGUAUAACGCAUGCUGAUAUAACGGAUCUGCACAU